CGGUUUGACAGGUUGCUAUGCUUUGUGAAAUAGGUAUUUCUUAAAGUUUCAUAUGGAAACUUAUUUUAAGAAAAUUGCAAAUUGGGAAAUAUAUAUUUAAGCGAUUUAUUGGAAAAGUACAUUUAUUCUGCAUGCCAAUCAUUCAGUACGAACGUGUUGACAGCCUGACUUUUCAACAGGUGAUUUUUGAGUCACACCUGAUUAAACUUUCAUUAUACAAAACACACAAUGUCAGCUAGAAGAAUUCGUGUGAUAGCUGCCAGAAACCAGAACCCUCGGUACGUCCAGGCUGGUCGACAAGAUGUUGUCAGUAGAAAGAAAGAAGAAAGACAAAUCAGACAACAGCAUAAACGAGAGAAACAGAUUGACUCAUAUUUAGCAGAUGAUGAAAAUUUUCCAAGUUUCUCAACACAGCUAGGAAAAUUAGGUCUUCAGCUAAGAGAUAUUCCUGGCGAUGGAAACUGUUUGUUUAGAGCACUUGGUGACCAGUUAGAAGGCCACUGUCGUAACCACUACAAGUACCGCUUUGAGAUUUGUAACUACAUGUCUGAACACCGAGACGAGUUUGAACCUUUCGUAGAAGAUGACACACCAUUCGAAAAAUACAUAAAGAACCUGAGUGCCAUUGGAACCUAUGCUGGGAACGAUGCCAUUGUGGCGUUUGCUAGACUGUAUCAAAUCAAUGUCGUUAUACACCAGCUUAAUUCACCCUUUUUAUUGAUUCAGGGACCUAAGACACAAAGUCAAACAAUAAAACAGAUACAUAUCUCUUACCAUAAUGGAGACCAUUAUUCUAGUGUACGUAAACAUGGUGAUAAUACAGAAUCUCCAGCUAAUAUCAGGGUGAAGAUUGGAAGUGACAGCCAAUCAGCUGCAGGGAAUAAGUCUCAGGCAAACGGUGUCACGAAUGGGGACAUCCCAUAUUGUGGCAGGGUUGUUAAAGCUGUCAGAGAUGUGGAGAUAAUAGAACAAGAAAUAAUGGCUGCCACUGGUUGUGAUGAUUUGACAAUGAUACAUGAGUCACUGUAUGAAUGUGAUAAUGAUGUUGAUAGUGCUAUUGCCCAUAUAUUACAGAUCAUGACUCUUACAGAUGAAAGUUUUAAUACAGAGACUUCCUCUGAGGUAUCACAAAGAACAUCAACAGAUAGUGGAGUUUGUACUGGUAAUAAUUCCCCUGUAUCUAGCCAUGUGAGGGACAAUAGUUAUGGUGGCAGCUCUGGAUAUGACUCUAUCGGCAGUAAUGGAGGAGCUAGACCUAAAAAGGACGCUAGGGUCACAGCAAAAGAACGAAAGGAAGCAAAGAAGAUGGAGAAGAAGAAAAGAGCCGAGGAAAGACACAGGAAUAAAGUUGGUGGAAUGAAAACACAAUUCAGUGAUGAUGAAGAUGUGCACACUGUCAUCACUAAAGAUAUAGCUAUGAUGAAAAUCUAAGCCUGAAUUACUCUUCCAUUUCUCAAGCAAGAGAAUUGAAGAUAAAGGUUGUGAGAAUACUCACUUGUUCAACUUGAAUGUUGAUGUAAAUAGUAGAUUUAUAUGAAAAAGACUUGUCUUUAAUAUAAAUUGAAUUAUAUGCUCAAUUAUAGAGAAAAAUUAUAUAUGAAUCACGAAAAUUUUAAUACAAUUUUUCUUUAUUGUAAAAAUAUGUCUCCUUCAGGGUUGUAAUGUAGAGACCUGAUACUGACGGCUUUUUGAAAAUGAUGAAAAUGUAAUUAUUAUUUAGUAUUUGUUUAUGUAUAUUUAAGGGAUUUAUUUUAUUUUAGAAAAAGGAAAGCUUUAAAAGUGUGAGGAAAGUUCAGAUUCAUACUCUCUGCUCCUCUGAACCCUAUUUAAACAUUCAUGGCAGAGUUAAAUUUAUUGCUAUUUGCAAUCCCUUUUUUUGAAAGGUUUGUUCAAAGUCCAAAAACUAGCUUUUGUCAUGAUGAUUGGAAGGCCCAAGUCUCAAUUGAAUAAAACAAAGUCUCAGUUUAAGGUUUUAUAAAAAAAAUUGAGUAUGGUAAAAAGUUUUUAAAAGCAAAAUUGUCUCAAAAGAAAUUUAGCAUUAAAAAUUUAAAAAUGAAUGUUUCAGCUAUAAAUUAAUACAAAUAUGUUAUAAAUUACUAAGAAAAAUCCUAUAAUCAUUGUAAGAAUGACAAUUUUAGACUUAUAUGUAAUAGUAGAACCUAUAACCAAGUAACCAAACAGGAUUUAUCUGAUAUUUGAUGUUUUAUAUAUAUAAACACUUGUAAAUAUUACUAACUUACUUGCUUAGUCCUUACUCUGCCUUAUGGGACUUAGGGCAAGGACAAGUUGUAAGUAUAUAUUACUUCUAUUGAUUUUAAUGAAAAGAUAAUAUACCAUAUAUGUUGAAUUAUCCUUUUUAUGUCAUUGAAAGAUCUGUCUUUCCCAUUUGAACUAAUCCUCUUUUCCAGUGACAAUAAGAUUCAUAGUUUUUAUCCUAGUUUAUUCACUUUUGAGGGAAAUGCAUGUUUGCAUUUUGCUUUGACUUGUUUUAAAAUCAUGCAUCAACAGUGUUGAAUUACAUUGUUCACUACUCUAAACAAAUGUGUCAUUUUCAAAAAUUAUAAUAAUAUAAGUAAGUCUCUAAUAAGAUACAUUUAUCUGAAAUAGAAUUUGUCAAUUAAGUAUUGGACAAAUACAUAAUUCUACUAUGUAGAUUAAACUAUAACAUAUUUACACUUGUAUGCAAAUUUGUCCACCAUGACGUAAAAUCACACAGGUUCCCGUAAACUUUUACAUCAUAACUUCAAAUAUUUGACUUCACAAUUCAAAAGUGAUUGUUGCUUGACGUCGAAAGGUGAUUCGGAGUCAAUCUAAGGUCAUUGGGAGGCAAGAUACAGCUAAAUACUGAAAGUGUAAAUUCCUUUAUUGAAACCAGGGCCCAUUGUAUUAUAGUUGUUACAGUAAAAUAAUAUGCAAAUUGUUAUAUACCAAGUAUUAUCUAUAUAAGAGCCAGUAACUAAUAUUGUGUAAAUUAUAAAAUGUAUUGUUUAUGUAGAAAUAUGUCUCAUUCCACUCCGUACUUGGUGUUCAUAAUGUUUUAGUACUGUAAAUAUUGGUACCUAAAACACAAUUGACCCAAAAGAUCAUUUUUAAAAUGUUGUUUUUUUUCCUUUUCCCUAUUAUCUACAGAUAACUUCAGAAAAAGAGAUGUUGACUGUCAAGCUUCAGUCAAAUUUUGGUUCCAAUAAAAACAAUUUUUAAAUUUAAGAAAUUAUCUAUCAUUUGUUAAAAAAUUGGGAAAAUAAUUUUUCAAAGUUAUAUUUUUUUCACAUUUAGAUUAAUAUAACAUGCUAAGGAUCAUCAGUACAGGGUUAAAAUCAUGACAGUAUUCAAUUUAAAGUGUAUAUAUAAUUGUAAAUAUGUUAAAUAUUUGUUUAUGUUAAUGAUUCUUGUUCUGUUAUACUGUUUUUGAAUAUACUAGCUAUUUACCAUGACAUUUUAUAUAUAUAGGUUGUAUUUGUUCUUGUUUUAGGCUGUUCUAGAAUAGAACACAUGGGAGUCAUGUUAAGUUCCUAACUUCCUAUGACUAAAAUCAUACCAAAUUUUCAAUAACUAAUAAUUCUUAGGAAAUAUUUAGAAAAAUGCAUCGGCCUAACCGGCUCCAACUCCUAUCGCUCAAUCACAAACAAUUUUGGAAAAGCCUUAGCAUACAUGAAUGUUUGCUUCAUUGAUGAUUACAUUCUUUUCAAAGACAGUAAGCUCAUUCAAGAUAUUACAAUACUUUUACUUAUCUAGUUAUUAUCUAGAACAUUCUUACUGUGAUUUCAUUGUAUAUUUUAUACUGAUAUGUACACCAAGUGCUUAUUUACAAUUUUUUGUCAUGACAAUGAAUUUGAAAUCCUUUUGUUUCAGAAGAUUGAUCGAAAUAUUGUUUUAUUUUGCAUACCCUAUUGUGUCUUUCAAAAAAUAUUGAUUUUAAUAUUGAAAAUAUUUAGCUAAAAAAAAUUGGCAAAAAAAAAGUAUGAAAUUUGUAUCAUAAAACUAUGAAUAAAUACAUUGAAUAUUUAUUACUUAAUAUAGUCAAUGUGUUAUUUGAUUAAAUUGGAAGACUCAAUAAAAGACAGAAAUGCAGAAAAAAUAAUAAAAGUUUGACAUUAACAGUUUUUUGGAUAAGGUUUUAUUAGCAUUUUAGCACUUGACAUUAAAAUAAAGUACUCAGAUAAAAGAUAACUGGAUGUCUGCCUUGAAAAUUGAUAAUCUUUGUUAUCAAUAUGCUACACCUUGAUGUUCAAACAAUUUGUUGCAUGAGUUGUCUCUCUUGAGUGUUAUGUACAAUAAAAAGGUCAGAGAACUAGAUUGUUUAUUUACUGGGGAUUCAUUAAUUUUUUUGUGGGCACCAAUUUUCAUGGAUGAAGGAAAACUUGCAUAUUUGUGGACAUUUAAUUUCAUUUUUUUGGGUAAGUCUUUAUACAAGCCUUUAAAAAUUUAAUUUCGUGGUUCGCUUAUAAUCCUUAAAUCUACAAAAAUUGGUAUCAAACGAAUAAUUAUGAAUCCACAGUACUUGGAUUUAAAAAGUGAUCAGAAGGUGAAGGUUGUAAUAUCAAUUACAAGUAACUUUUACAAAAUCAUGGGAUUUCUAAGAUGGUCUAGUAUUGAGUUUGAUAAUCAUGUUUUUGUACUCUUAAUUUAGCCACGAUUCUUUCAUUUGUAAAUAUGUGAUAAUGUUAUAUAAUAAUAAUGCAAUAGGAAUGUAUUCACAUAUCAAAAGGGAUUUAUAUGCCCAGUUUAUGUUCUGUGUUAACUCAUAUUUGCUUGUUGAAAUUAUAUUAAAAAAAUAUUUUAUUAA